GCGAACCUGGAAUUCCCGGUUCUCCUGGUCUUCCUGGCUCUGCAAGAGGCACUGUGGCGGCCGGCCCAGGGUUCCCAGGUCCUCCUGGUCCACCGGGUCCUCCCGGACACCCAGGCAUUCCAGGCAUAGCCUCUGCUCCUCCUGAUCUGCGUCAGUAUGUCAACGACUAUCUCCGAAUUAAUGCUAGGACUAUGUCCUCUGGUCUUCCUGGCCCCCGUGGCCUCCCUGGACCCCCAGGAGCCCCUGGAUCCUCUGGAUCCUCUAGUUCUGUGGAGGACAUAUCUUCUCGUGUCAUUGCUUAUCUGCAGCGUUCAGGAUCAGGCUUCGGCGGUGGUGCUCAGGGUCCUCCAGGCCCCCCCAGGACUUCCUGGGUCCUCUGGCUCUGGUUCUGGCUCAAUGUCUGUCAACGACCUCAUUGUUAUGCUACAGAGGGAUGAUGUACGGCGAUAUGUAAUGGGCCCACCCGGACCUCCAGGCCCAGCAGGACCAUUAGCCAGAGGAGGAAGUACGGCAAACUACGACCCACAGGAAGUGGCUACCUACGUCUUCAGAAUCAUGAACGAACGUGGGAUCGGUGGUGGGCAGCCUGGACCUCCGGGUGCAACCGGGCCUCCAGGGCUACCUGGCUCCUUCAGCGGUGUUAGUGACAUCUCCGCACUCCUGCAAAAUUCACAAUUCCGUGCGAUGGUUGGGCGCUCUGCUGGAGCCCCUGGUCCUCCUGGUACUCCAGGUAUCCCAGGACCCCCAGGCACCCCUGGUACCCCAGGAGGGCCAUCUUACAGGAGCUCAGCCUCAGGGGGUUUAAGGAUAGAGGAUGUCCAGCAUUACCUACAAAGUUCUGGGUACAGUGGUCCUCCAGGCCCACCUGGCCCCCCAGGACCUCAGGGGCCCCCAGGGAACUCUCACGGAGUAGUCUCCUAUGGAGAUAGUAGAAACAUCGGAAACUACCAGCGAGAAAGCAUCCGCACAGAACUCCAGGCGUACCUCAGCAGUGACAGUAUACGGCACUCCUUCAUUGGCCAACCAGGUCCUCCUGGGUCUCAGGGUCCCCGUGGUCACAAAGGAGACCCUGGAGAACCUGGUGGGGUUCAGACUAACCGUCAGAGUUAUGCCCAGAGUGACCCACGUUACUCUUCUGACCUUGAGCGGCGCCAGAGUGACAUUGGGAGAUUGACAGAGCCACUAGACUACUCCAACGUUGCCUUGAGAGUGACAGACUACAUCAAGAACCAGGGCUUACUGCAGGACAUCCUGUCUGAGAGUCACCAGCGAGGAGGCUCCUGGGAGUCCCAAGGCCUCCCAGGACCUCCUGGGCCUCCUGGACCUCCCGGGUAUAGCCGUGUCAUUGGAGCUUACGGCAACGUAACUGCUGACCUCAUGGACUUCUUUAGAACCCAUGGCACCAUUGUUGGCCCCCCAGGGAAUACUGGUCCGAAAGGAGACAGGGGGUACCUCGGACCCAAAGGAGACAGAGGCGAGAUGGGUCACCCAGGCCCUCCAGGACUGCAGGGGCUACAUGGUCAGGAUGGAUACAGAGGAGAGAAGGGAGAGAAAGGUGCAGGUGAAGUUAGGGUUGGUCGUCGGCGUCGGAGCAUCGGUGUUUAAGGUGUUUUCAGCUUAACCAAAUCUAUCCGAUAAAGCUUUAUUUCUAUUCAGCUCUUCUGUCCUGUGCAUAGUCAAAAUCAUACAUUACGUUAGAAUAUGCCUGCUUGCCUAUUCAAUUACAGUUUAUUUUUUGAGUGUGAAUACAAUGAAUGAUAUGGAAAUGUUAUAAUGGCAGUAAAGCAGAGGUCUCCGACAGGUACUAUAGGUCGCGAGCUAGCAGUAGCUCGCAGCCCACCUACGAGUAGGUCGCCAAGUAAUUCUGAAAGUACACAGAUUUUUAAAAAUGUGUUCCAUUGCAAACUGUCAUAAACAUAAAGCUCCUGGCAACCAUCCAAUCAAAGCCACAUUGACAUUAUCCCACCCCUGGUUAGCCACUAUUGGCUUAAAAAGCCAAAUAUAACACAAUAUCUGGCAAUUAAUUUCAAGCAAUAUUGCACAUUGUCCAAAUGUGUCUAUUACUCUGUAUGUAACCUGUUAGCGAUGCUAGUAAUGAUAACCGUCUUGUGGGUACACAGAGACUUUCCCCAAAAACCUUCUGCCUACCUGACAGAAAUAUAUAAUGAUUAUUCGUAUCAAUUGGGUGUCCUUUUUUAAAACUCUGCCAUGAGGUGCUGCAGAAGUAGGCCUAACAUAGACAUUGAUAGACUCAGACAUUCCUCUCUUUCUAAAUGCGCAAUUAAAGGGUAAUUACACUCAAAAAUCGAAAUGUAUGCUUUUUUUCCAGACCUCAAAAUUGGUAGUCUGAUGUGAUUUAAGCAUUGACAUGGACUCAAAACAUACAUUUUAGUUAUUUUUCUAUGAAUAACUCUAAUAUUAAGAGUAAAAAACAUUUAAAAAAAACAUAAAACAGUAAUUUUAUGGAGCCCCUUAGAGUUGUUUAUUAACAAUUAUUUUUACUAGAAAACACAUAUAUUGUACAACAAGGACCCGGGGAAGAGAGGUGAAGAGAAGAAUGUGCCUAUUUGAAAGUAAAAAAUAGUUUUGAAGUACAGUAGCUCUCAUGCUAGAAAAGGUUGGAGACCCCUGCACUAAAGAAUGUGUUUAACAGUCUGAAGUAGAGUGAUACAUUGGCUGCUGGUCAUGGUUGUGGUUGCACUCUUUGAUAUUCUAGUUAGUAUGUGGGAGUAUCGUGUUUACCUUAAUAAAGCUCUAGUUCUUUUUCUCAAGGGAACUCAUGGGAAAAUGUACUUUUCAAAAAGAUAAUGAUAGUUAUGGAUCUUAGCUUUAUUAAUAACAUUAAAGUAUUUUUCACCCAAAAUGUUUAAGUGUUACUUGGGCACUUUUGAACCACUGAAAACAACAAUUGUCAUUUAUUCUUUAUUUUCAUUAAAACUUCAGAAAACUUAAUUUUCAAUAAAUGUUUAUUCCUUGUCAA